AUGAUGUUGGAGGACUCAAUCGCAGUGGCGGAGCCAAGCCGGGGCGGCGCCCCGGUUAGGACUCCCUGCGCCCCGGUUGAAAAAAAAUCGAGCUUUUUCGAUUCUUCAUUUUCAUGCCGAUCAGCGAACGGCGUGGGUGAUGUUCGAUUUUUUUUUUUUCCUGUGGGCGCGAGCCCCUACUGGAAAAAUUCCUGGCUACGCCACUGCUCCAUCGGGCAGAGGGGCGGAGUCCAGUCCCACAGCCAGGUGCAGCACGUUCAUGCUUCAGUUGGAUGCUUUUCCCACCGGAGACGGCGUUCAGGCUGAUCCAUCAGCUGAAAGACUGACUGCGUCAAUGAUGGAAUUACAGACGUUGCAGGAGGCUUUGAAGGUGGAGAUCCAGAUCCAUCAGAAAUUGGUGGCCCAGAUGAAACAGGACCCUCAGAAUGCUGAUCUGAAGAAGCAACUUCACGAACUUCAGGCAAAGAUCACUGCUCUGAGUGAGAAGCAGAAAAAGGUGGUGGAGCAGUUGAGAAAAGAGCUACUGGUCAAGCAAGAACCAGAAGCCAAAGUGCAGCUGCAGGUCCACGCGCCUCCUGUAGGGGGCGAUGUCAAGCCCACCAACCUGGUGCAGACUCAGCAGAUAUCUGGAGGACUUCAGCAGACGCUGACGGUUACGCCGGUCCUCACGACCAAGACGCUACCUCUGGUGCUGAAAGCUGCGGGCACACCCUCUUUGCCCGGUUCCAUCCUGCCCCAACGCCCGGCCACCGUCACCAUGGUAACCACUGCCAUCUCCAAAGCCGACUCGCACAAUGCCCCCAUCAACCUGCAGGUGGCGGGGAAACUGAGCGCUCACAAUUUGGAGCCGGUGAGGCUGGUAUCCAAGAACGCCAUGCUGCAGGUCAGACCAAAGCCCGCCUUGCCCGGUAACGUCCCCAUCGCGCCCGCCCCUCCCCCGCCCAUGAUGGCGGCGCCCCAGCUGCUGCAAAGGCCCGUCAUGUUGGCCACCAAGCUGUCGCCUUCACUGUCGUCCGCCGCACCCAUUCACCAGCUGCGCAUCGUCAACGGACAGCCCUGCGUCAAGACGGGCUCCGCCCCUUUGACCGGCAUCGUUAUCGCCGCGCCCACCACGGCCGCCUGCCUGGCCAGCCCCGCCCGGGCGCCCGACCCUGCCUCCGUCCCCACUCAGCCGCCCCAGAUGGGUGGCGUGACCGUCGAACCCAAGACUGUUAAAGCGGGCGGUGCAGCCGAGCACAAGAUGACGGUCACGCUCCCCUCUUCGUCGACUCCGCCCUUGUCUCCGCCUCCCUGGCCCAAGAAGGAGGAGAGUCCGGAGAAACUGGCCUUCAUGGUGUCCUUGGGUCUGGUGACGCACGACCACCUGGAAGAGAUUCAGAGCAAAAGGCAGGAGAGGAAGAGGAGAACGACGGCCAACCCAGUCUACAGCGGCGCCGUGUUUGAGCCAGAGAGGAAAAAGAGCGCUGUGAGUUACCUGAACAGCCCUCUGCACCUGGGGACCCGGAAGAGAGGUCGCCCACCCAAAUACGGCGGCAUCCCGGAGCUGGGCUGUCUCACCCCGACCUCCCCCUCCAGCCCCGCCCGCCCCCUCCCCCUGCCCAGCCCCAGCUCUGGGGAUGGAGACAUCCAUGAGGACUUCUGCACUGUGUGCAGACGCAGUGGCCAGUUGCUCAUGUGCGACACGUGUUCUCGUGUCUAUCACCUGGACUGCCUGGAACCGCCCCUGAAAAGCAUUCCUAAAGGCAUGUGGAUCUGUCCCAAAUGCCAAGAUCAGAUCCUCAAGAAAGAAGAAGCCAUUCCCUGGCCCGGAACGUUGGCCAUCGUCCACUCCUACAUCGCCUACAAAGAAGCGAAAGAAGAAGAGAAGCAGAAGCUCAUCAAGUGGAGCGCAGAGCUGCGGCUGGAGCGUGAGCAGCUGGAACAACGAGUCAAGCAGCUCAGCAACUCCAUCACGAAGUGUAUGGAGACCAAGAAUGGCAUCCUAGCUCGCCAGAAGGAGAUGCAGCUGUCCCUGGACAAGGUCAAACAUCUGGUCCGCCUCAUCCAGGCCUUCAACUUCAACCAGGCGGCGUCCGACUCCAACGGCAGGGACGCCCGAGUCGAAGACGUCACGGCGGCGCCGCCCGAACCCGAGCCGGCCUCGCCUCAAGUCGAGCCGGCUGCAUCCGAGGCGGAGGCCGGCGACGCGGGUGAGAGCGAAGAAGCCGGAGAGCAGGGGCCGGAGAGGAGUGAGACCGCUGCCGCGGAUGCCGACCGUCAGGGUGGCCUCGCGCAGGCCCCGGAUGAUAGGGGAGGAGCUAAUUCAGAAAACAACGUCCGGGCGGAGGAUGAGACUGUUGCAUCGCCGCGGGUGGAAGAGGCGGCCUCCACGGAAGCGGCGCCGCCCGCCGCCAACGGUACGGCCGCGUUGACGCAUCUUUCCCCCGCCGACGACGCAGAGGACAAGACGGCCGGCGCCGGCCCCCAGGAAACGUGGGACAAACAGGACAUCAGCGACAGCAACGACAAAACCUCAGAACCCUCCCAGCAUUGUUUGCCAGCCGAGUGAGCGUCGCCUUCACCUGGAAUACGAUACAGAAAAAAAAAGUUGCCAAUGUGUGUAAAUGUCGUUUGUUUGCGUCGUAUUGUCAGCCUGUGUCGAUGGUAGAUAGCGGCUUGGUCGCGCGCGCUCGCGCCCACUUAGCCAUAGACGUUGUCACGAGAACGCUCGAAAGAAGACCGAGUCCAUCACACCAGAGUGUGCCUGUCCCGGCGGUUUGUGAGGGGGAUGGGGGUGGGGGGGGUGGGGUCGCAGAGAGGGUCCAAUAGCAGCCGGCAGACCCUCCGACCGACCCAUUGCCCUUCAAACAAGGAAAUGCAAGAGAACGGCCCACCUAACUCGCCCACGCAUUCACUUCUUUGUUUGAAGUGCCCCCCCCACCCCACCUGCUGUAGCCGCGCCCACAAAGGCAGGUGCAGAACAGGCGGAGCCAGAGCGGCAUUGUUGUUGUGAGUCGUCAUUGGUGUGUCCGUGUGAUGUGCUUUUGUUUUCUGAGGACAACGUGUUCACGUCUUCCUGGUGUUGGGAAUAAGUGCUUCGUGUUUUUUCCGCCCGCCGCCAUCUUCAACUGCCAAACGCAUCAAAUGCGCCGGGGGCGGAGCUAAAGCUUCCGCCUGACAGGCGACAAAAAAGAAAAAAAAAAAAGCACAACUUGGGUUCUUCUGGUUCUGUGAUGCCACCUGUCUCCUCCCACUUAGGAGGAAGCACAAGAAGAGCCCGCAGGGGGCGCCGCUUACUUUCCGCUCCGUCAUUCAUGGUGCCUCAUUUGUUGGCGUUUUCUUUUUCUUUUCUCUCGAGGUCACAACUCGUGUCAGCCAAUUUGCGUAUCUCAUGGUCACGACUCCGCCCCCCCCCCCCCAUAGGUACCUCGAGUGCCUUCAAUUUGUCUCGACUUGCACUGUGACGCGUGGACCCACCCCCUUCACCUCAUUGGCCGCUCAGUGUUCUACUGCCUUAAAUGUUUUUUUUUUGUUUUUUUUAACCUGAUCAACCGCUCAUUGAGGGGUCAAAGGUUGCCAAGUCUGCCAGGUUGUCAUGAUGACCAAGCCCAGGCGGUGAUGCACUUUUUCACUUGAGCAGUAUUAUAAGAAAAUAUGUGACCCCCUUCCUCUCCUGUCAAAGCAUGCCUUCUUAUGCAAUUUUUUUAGGAAGAAAGUUCAUGAUGCAUUCCUGUUUGUUCAUUCAUUUUGCAUAUGGAUUUUUGUGUUUUUGGAAUGGGCGGAGCUGUCAUUUGAGUGGGUGGAGCACAAAAAAAGGGUCCAUUCAUCCAAAGAACACAGAUGGCACGUGGCUCAUGUUCAUAGAAUUGCGCCGUUGCCCCAAGUCAAAGAGUCUGUUUGCCAGCGUCCAGUCAUGACCGUGGCCUUCGAGUGUUGCCCUCACAUGACCCCGUGACCCUGUGAUUCCCACACCUGACUUUUUUUUUUUCUUUUUUUUUUUUUUUAUAUCUUCCAUAUGCUCAGAAGCAUUGUAGCGCUCUGAAUAAAGAACAAGUGUACAUUGGGAAUCUUUGUAUAAUUGUUUGUAUUUUUUCAUAAUUUUGGAAAUGAAUGUGUUUAUUUUUUUGGACUUGUUCCACACGUGUCUUCUGUUGGCCAUGUCGGUGGGAUUCUUACCUCUGUAUUGAGCCUCCUCUUCUUGUGAUGAUGAUUUUAAUGAUGAUGAUGCAGUGUUUCACUAAAUACUGUUGCUAGGUUACAUGAUGGCAUCAGCCACCACUAGGAGCAUUUGAUCAAUUUCUAUUUAUUUAUUUUAUCAGUUUGCUAAUAAAUCCUCAAAACCA